AUGUCCGCAAAAACAGCAAUACCAACAUCACAAGCCAAUGAUACUGCCACAACUCUAAAAAAACGGCCUUUUACCUCACAAACGGAAAAAGUAUCUUCGAAACCUUCUACUCCUCCCUCUCCUUCUCCUUCAAAUACUCCUAAACAACGUAUCCGAUACAAUAAUUCGCAAUCAUCCCCUCAAAGAAGGAGUCCUUCUUCAGUGAUGUUAUUGUCUCCUGGUGAGGCAUCCGAACAACAAGGUUCUAUUGAACAAGCAAUCAAAUCUAUUGAAGAACAAAUUAAAGCGGAACAAAAUAGAAUUUCUAGAAAUAUUUUAAGAAAACAACAAAAGCAAAUAAAAUAUAAAAUUGAUAAUCAAUCAUCUUCAUCAACUGCAGCAGUUAAUAAUGAAAGUGCUACUACUACCAAUGAUAGUGAUAAUAAAAAAGAUUCAUCAAUUAAAAUCUUAUGGAAUAAUAGUAUAAUGCAAAUUUAUGGAAUAUCUAAAGAUCCAUCUACCAAAAAUUUUAUUAUAGUCUAUGAAAAUGUCGAGCAGGGAGAUCUUUUUAAUUACCUUUACGAAAAUUCCCUAAAUAUGGGUUGGUCAUUAAAAUUAGCAUUAAUUUGUGAUAUUUCAAAAUCAUUAAAAACUCUUCAUGGAGCUAAUUUAAUACAUCGAGAUAUUCAUAGUGCAGAAAAUUGGAGAAUUCGAGGUCAACAUCAACAACCCACCAAUACAACUAUCAACACUAUUAAUAAUACUAUUACUAUGCCAAAUGAUAAUGAUACUACACCAAUUGAGAAUAUUACAUUAGUGAUGGACGAGGAAGGAGGAAUGAAAGUCGAUUCGUCUCUAUUAUCAACAGAUUCACCAGUUUCACCAGUUUCACUAGGAAAUGGAGAAUUUCAACAUCCCAUGGCAUUUUAUACAAGUCAAUUAUUUGAUUUUAGCGAAUUAGAUUUUGAAAACUCUAUUGAAAAAAAUUUAGAAACUGAAUCACAGGAAGGAUCAUCAUCACAUGAAGGAGAAUCUAAUAAUGAAAUGACUAUCGUAGAAGAACAAAAGGAAAUUCCUGUCAUACCUGCCAUACCUGAAAUACCUUUCAUACCUGAAAUACCUGUCAUACCUGAAAUACCUGUCAUACCUGAAAUACCUGUCAUACCUGACAUGUCCGUCAUAUCUGCAAUUCCCGUCAUACCUGCCAUACCUUCCAUACCUAUCAUAACAACAUCACCACCAUUGGAAAAAUUAACAAUAAAUACAUUUAGAAGUAUCACACCUGAGGAAGAAAAAGAAGAAGAGACGGAAGCUAUUGAUUCAUUACCACAAUCAGAAAAAGAGACGGAGGUUAUUGAUUCAUUACCACAUUCAGAAGAAGGUGGUUCACCAUCACCAUCAUUGGAAAAAUUAACAAUAAAUACAUUUAGAAGUAUCACACCUGAGGAAGAAGAAGAGACGGAAGCUAGUGAUUCAUUACCACAUUCAGAAGAAGGUGGUUCAUCACCUACAACGCCAUCAUCAGAAAGUGAUGAGAAUAUUAAGAAUUUAAGUGAAUCUAAAAUUAGUGUUAAUCCUGAAUACUCUAUUGAAAUUGAAUUCUAA